CGUUUUCACCAAUCAUUUUAUCCAAAUAAACUUUUUCAUUAAAUUCCUUUUUAAUUUUCACUUUUCUCUCAUCUUCAACCGUAAUCUGCACAGUUUGAUUGAUUUGCCACUCUUGGGUUUGGAUUUUCUCUCUCCUUCCUUUAAAUUCUUCAAAGUCUUGUGACAUUGGCACGUAGUACCACGAUUUGUGUACUGAUCUUACUUUCCCUGUUUCGAAUUGUAUGGGGUUAUCUGAUGAAGCUGAUACCUGAAUUCUAAUAAUCUUGGUAACAUUGAACAAGUGCUGUCACAUAAAAUAUUUUAAAGAAUGGUGGUUGCCUCUUCUUUGCAAUUUUCUCAUGAAAUCAGACUGUAUAGUUCAUAUGGACUACCAUACCCGUCUAAGCCCAUAAUGCAAAAUGGUCGACUUCCUUUCUCCAGCUCUACUGUUUCAGCAAAUAAUGCAGUAAAGGAUGCUUGGAAUUUUCAUUUUCUAAGCAGAGCAAUCAAUAAGAAAGCCACAGAUUCCUCCAAACAUAGGACCUUCCUGUGCAGAUCCGUUCUUUUACCAAAUGGAGGAAAUUGUUCUUCUCUAAUGCAGAAUGCUCCUGUUGUUUUAAAGAGGGUGUGUGACAGUUUAUCUUCGAAACCAGUUGUGUCUCAGUUGAUCCCAGCCAUUGGUGUCAUUGCUUUAGCAUGGGGACUUCUGCCACUUCUGCGAUUUGGCUGGAGUGUUUUCAUUUAUAAAAAUGGUGGCAAUUGGAAAAGGAGUAGCACAUAUUUUUUUGCGUCUUCUUAUGUUCAACCAUUGCUACUAUGGACUGGAGCCUUGCUUAUUUGCAGGGCGUUGGAUCCUAUGAUUUUACCUUCAGAAGCAAGCCAGGUUGUUAAGCAGCGGCUUUUGCAUUUUAUACGAUCAUUUUCCACGAUGGUAGCCUUUGCCUAUUGUUUAUCUUGCUUAGUUCAACAAGUGCAAAAGUACUUUAUGGAAGCUAGCGACUAUAAUGACUCAAGAAGUAUGGGCUUUCAGUUUGCUGGGAAGGCUAUCUAUACAGCUGUAUGGGUGGCAUCAGUUUCAUUGUUCAUGGAACUGUUGGGUUUCUCUACCCAGAGGUGGCUAACUGCUGGAGGUCUUGGAACAGUAUUGCUCACUCUUGCUGGGCGUGAGAUAUUCACUAACUUCCUGUCAAGUGUGAUGAUUCAUGCAACAAGACCAUUUAUUCUGAAUGAAUGGAUUCAAACAAAGAUUGAAGGUUAUGAAGUGUCUGGUACUGUGGAGCAUGUUGGUUGGUGGUCACCAACUAUCAUCAGAGGAGAUGAUCGUGAAGCAGUUUAUAUUCCAAACCACAAGUUCACUGUCAGUAUUGUGAGAAAUCUAACCCAAAAGACUCAUUGGCGCAUUAAAACCCAUCUUGCUAUUAGUCACCUGGAUGUCAACAAGAUUAAUAUUAUUGUAGCUGAUAUGCGCAAGGUUUUAGCUAAACAUCCCCAAAUAGAGCAACAGAAGUUGCACAGGAGAGUUUUCCUGGAUAACAUUAAUCAUGAGAAUCAGGCACUUCUGAUAAUGAUAUCCUGCUUUGUGAAGACUUCUCGCUUUGAAGAGUACCUUUGUGUUAAGGAAGCAAUACUCUUGGAUCUUCUUAGAGUAAUCAGCCAUCAUCGUGCUCGACUUGCCACACCCAUUCGAACCAUACGAAAAGUUUACACUGAAACAGACGUCGACAAUGUUCCAUUUUCUGAAACUGUCUACAGUGGUUCUGGAGCUGUUAAUAACCAUCCUUUCCUACUAAUAGAACCUUCUUACAAAAUAAAUAGUGACAAUAAAACCAAAUCUCCGACCCGUAAAGAUGAAAAGUCUUAUGUAGCCUCAAAAUCUGACUCCAAGGUAGAUGUCAAAAUUGACGACCAGGAUAAGGUAGACAUCAAUGAUAAAGGGGCUUUAGAAAAGGAUCUCAAUGUAUUGAAGAAGGAUGAUGAAAGUCAAGCUACCUCACCAGCACCAAGGACGGCAUUAGAUGAGAAUAUUGUACUUGGUGUUGCUUUAGAGGGCUCAAAGCGAACCCUUCCUAUUGAAGAAGAAGAAAUUUCACCAUUGUCUUCUUCAACCGGGGAUUCAAAGGAAUUGGCUGCAUCUCGAAAUGGUGUUGGAUCUUCAUCAGGUGCAGAGGACAAGAAAGACGAUCAGUUAUCAUCAACUGGUAGUGCGAACCCAGGUGAUAACCGUGAGAAGACGAGUGGGUAAAACAUUACUGUCAGUUGUCACAUAUAGUUCAAAUGACUCAGCAAAGAAAUGCCGUAUAGCUGUCUAUUUUUCUCAAGGCUGGCAUAUUGCAGGGUACCAUCUUCCAGUGUUGUAUAUUACAAUAGUUAGUAUUUGUAUAUUCAAUAGAGAAAAGUAAAGGAACAUGGCUAUUAUUGCCAAGUUAUAAUCAGCACUCAUCGUCUCAUCUCCAAUCAUCUAUCGAGAAGCUUAGGGUUGCAAAUAUCCUUGCAGCUCUAGCACAUCUCGGGCUUGACCAUAGGGAGAUUAACUUAGGUAAAUAUUUGUAAUUAAGGUCUUCUUACUCUAGAUAAAGUGGGAUUUUGCCUUCUCAAAAGACAACUCUAAACUUCUUGUUUCCUUAUUUGUGUACAUGUAUCCAAACGACUAAACUGUUAUUGUCAUGCUGAA